AGACACACUGUCGGCGGCUCGCCAUGGCCAUGGGCGGCUCUGAACUCCAGGGGACGUUUCACCAGCGGCCCAUGUGGACACAGCGAGAUGCCACAAGCUUGGCCCAAACCACGCCCUUCCAGCGGCAUGCGGCUGCCGGGCUUCCAUCAUCAGCCGUGCCGCCCCCGUCGAAGCACUCGACCUCCCGCCGGGCGCCGGGAGCGACGGUGCAGAUGGACACGGCGGAGCGACAGGAAUAUUGGAGCGCUCUGAAGAGUAUGGCGCCGCCCUCCUGUGACAUCCGACAGGUGGACCGGAAGCGGCACGAGAAGGCCAUCAGCUAUCGCUUCUCCAGCGCCAGUCCACGCGAGCGUCCAGGUGCCCCACGCGAGUCCCGGUCGCAGGGCAGCCUGGAAUGCCGCUGGUCGAACGGAGCUCCAUCCAUCCGACGCGAGGAAUACUUCGAAAUGGCCCAGCCUUUGGUGCAGUUUUCGCCUGAGUGCUCUUGGCACUAUGAAGUGAUGGAGCAGCGUAAGGAUGCCAGGGAGUACGCGAAGCUGGUGGGUCGUCCCACUUCAGAUCGCCCGCGGGUCCACGGAGCUUCGCCGCGCCGUGGACCCGAACGUCCCAGCUCCGCCAAAGCGAGCUCAGCUCGGGCCAAAUCUGCGCAGUCGCCCAACCCUCGGCUCCUGCCACUGGCCCGGCGCUCACCAGUCCCACCGGCGCCGCGCAAAGCGGACGUGGCGGCGUCGCCGAUUACGGCGCCGGUGCCGCCGGGCUUCGAUCCGCGUGAGAAGAUGCUGAGUGACUUGAAAGUGAUGGUGGAUGAGCUGGUGAAGCAGAAAAGCGUUUUAGAAAAGCUGCGAGAGAAUCAGAUGGAGAUCCGGGAGGCGAGGAAAGAGAUGAGGACCGGCUCGCCUAGCCGCAGUCCCUAUGUCUCGACUGCCACCGGCUCUCCUUUGAGCGAGCUACUCAUGUCGCCCACUUCGACAUUCUCGUGAAACUGCCAGGUCAACCAUGUGGUACACCACUGGUGCAGACGACGAAUCAGCCGUGAUGAGCAAGUGAGGUGGCAAUUUCAGAGCACGUCGCCCAACACCC